AGCCGAGGCUCCGGCAGGGAGCAGGGCUGAGUGAGGCACCAUGAGGGGCUGGGGCCGCCGCUGCCCCUCCGCCUGAGGGAGCCGGGGCUCCGGCGGGGAGCGGGGCCCGUCCAGCGCUGACCCGCGGGCGUGGGCAGGCGGGAGCUGUGUGGAGAGGGGAAAGCCUCGUGUUUCCGGGACAGAUAGCAUCGGAUCAGUUCGAACCUGUCCCCGAGUUUCGCCAGCUGCUCUUGGCGCUUGCGCUGCAGCAUGGCAGAAGCCUCUGUCUCUCCACUGAAGCACUUUGUGCUGGCCAAAAAGACCAUCACUGCCAUCUUCGACCAGCUGCUGGAGUAUGUCACUGAGGGAGCAGCGUUUGUGGAAGCCACAUACAAGAACCCAGAGCUUGAUCAUAUAGCAACAGAAGAUGAACUAGCAAAAAUACAAGCAUAUAAAAACAAGUUGGCAGUCAUUGGAGAGGUGCUUUCACGGAGGCACAUGAAAGUGGCAUUUUUUGGCAGAACAAGCAGUGGGAAAAGUUCAGUCAUUAAUGCAAUGCUGUGGGACAAGGUACUUCCCAGUGGGAUUGGCCAUACAACAAACUGCUUCCUCAGUGUGGAAGGGACUGAUGGAGAUAAGGCUUAUCUUAUGACAGAAGGAUCAGAUGAAAAGAAGAGUGUCAAGACAGUCAAUCAGCUGGCUCAUGCACUUCACAUGGAUAAAGAUUUGAAGGCUGGCUGUCUCGUCCAUGUCUUUUGGCCCAAGUCAAAGUGUGCCCUGCUGAGAGAUGAUUUGGUUAUAGUGGACAGUCCUGGCACAGAUGUCACUACAGAACUGGACAGCUGGAUUGACAAGUUCUGCUUAGAUGCUGAUGUGUUUGUCUUGGUUGCCAAUUCUGAAUCGACUCUCAUGAACACGGAGAAACACUUUUUCCAUAAAGUGAACGAACGACUUUCCAAGCCAAACAUCUUCAUCCUCAAUAACAGAUGGGAUGCUUCUGCAUCAGAACCAGAAUACAUGGAAGAUGUGCGUAGGCAGCACAUGGAGCGCUGUCUGACGUUCCUGGUCGAUGAGCUCAAGGUUAUUGAUGCUGUAGAAGCAAGGAAUCGCAUCUUUUUUGUUUCAGCAAAAGAAGUUCUGAGUGCCAGGAGACAAAAGGCCCAAGGAAUGCCAGAGAGUGGUGGAGCACUUGCUGAAGGAUUUCAAACAAGAUUCCAAGAAUUUCAGCAUUUUGAGCAGAUAUUUGAGGAGUGUAUCUCGCAGUCAGCCGUGAAAACCAAGUUUGAACAGCACACUAUCAGAGCUAAACAGAUAAUAGAUACUGUGAAAAACAUUAUGGACAACAUAAACGUUGCAGCAGCAGAGAAAAGAGUCCAUUCCAUGGAAGAGCGAGAAGAUCAGAAGGACAGGCUGGACUUUGUUAGAAAUCAGCUGAACAUUUUGACAGAAGACACCAAGGAAAAAAUCAAACGCGUUACCGAGGAAGUCGAAAGCAAGGUCUCCUCUGCCAUGACUGAUGAGAUUUGCCGGCUUUCAGUUUUAGUUGAUGAAUUUUAUUCUGAUUUUCACCCUUCUCCUCAAGUAUUGAAGCUCUAUAAGGAAGAACUGAACAAACACAUAGAAGACGGUUUGGGAAAGAACCUGGCUGAGCGCUGCUCCAGUGAAGUCAACCAGUCCAUGCACCAGUCCCAGCAGGAGAUGAUUGAAAAUCUGAAACCAUUGUUGCCUCCUAAUGUUCAGGAUCAGCUCCACUUGCUAAUUCCAUGCAGGAAGUUUGAUCUUAGCUAUGAUCUAAACUGUCAUAGCCUGUGUGCAGAUUUUCAAGAGGAUAUCAUGUUCCACUUUUCUUUGGGAUGGACUUCUCUUGUAAACCGUUUCUUGGGUCCUAAACAAGCUCAGAAAGUACUCCUGGGAUUAGCAGAUCCAAACCUACAUAUCCCUCGUCCUUUAGCCAGCACCCCGUCUGCCGCCAGCCUUCCCGCCAUAACUCCUGAGAACAUGCCCCAGGAUGAGUUCAUGGUUCCUUUGGUGUUGAGUUUAGCCUCGCUGACAUCCCGGACUUCCAUGAGCAUCAUCAUUGUUGGUGGAGUGAUUUGGAAAACCGUAGGCUGGAAACUGAUCUCGUUGUCCCUGAGCAUGUACGGGCUGCUGUACCUGUAUGAGAGGCUGACCUGGACCACUCGGGCCAAGGAGAGAGCCUUCAAGCAGCAGUUUGUGAACUACGCCACCGAGAAGCUGCAGAUGAUCGUCAGCCUCACCAGCGCCAACUGCAGCCACCAGGUGCAGCAGGAAAUGGCCACUACUUUUGCUCGGCUCUGUCAGCAGGUGGAUAUUACUGAGAAAAACCUGGAAAAAGAAAUAGCUAGGCUUUCCAAAGAAAUAGAUCAGCUGGAGCACAUACAAAGCACCUCCAAGCAGCUGAGAAAUAAAGCCAUUCACCUUGAGAAUGAACUAGAUCGCUUCACAAAACAUUUUCUUCAAAAGAGUAAAUAAAACAUCAUUGUGAACCUU